UUCCGUGAGCGAUAAAAUAUCGUUCAAGUCCGAGAGGUGGGGGCGGGAAUUUACAUUCUUCUGAUGCUCUCGAAAUAUAAAUGGAAAUAUGACAGAAAACUGCACUAUGUACUUUAUAUUUCUUCCGGGGUCGAUAUCAUUGAAGUACCAUUUAUGCAAUGGGUGCUAAAAGAGGUUGUGUACUUAAUUUACAAGUCAUUACGUAUCAUUAUUACUAAUUAUAUACAUGGUUGAGCUGGCUAAAAGCUGUGAUUUACCUACUUAUCUUAUAGUUUGGCCCGCCUUUGACACUCUUGUUAUUGUUGUUAGCUGAUAGCGGAAGUUUGACUGACUAGGUCGACGGUAAACCCGCCUGAUCGGCAAUUAGCGGGAUUCUGUUUCGAAUCCAGCUGCUAUCUUAGUAGCAUUACUGGAUAACAUCUAUGUAACUACUUAAAAAAUAGAAAACUCCAAGACUUCAGGUUAGAGACGUUAAAUAUUCAUGCGAUUCCUCGUAAGUAACGCCCAGACAUCAGGUUCAAAUCACAUAGACGGCAUACCGAAAGAAUGCUCACAUAGGGCCUCGAAAGAAACCAGAGGCGUUAUUAGACCCAGUUUUGUUGUGUUUAAACUGCUACAUUCUUAAAUUCUUACCUCUUUUAGAAUUCAUAUAUGACCGGACCUGCCUCGCUUGCUUUACUAAUGUUCUUCUGGAAAGGUAUGAGCGUCACUACAUCACGUUGUAUCUCACUAUGUAAGAGCUGAUCCUUCAAAGUCUGCUGUGUUGUUGUGGUGUCCUAAAGUGGCCAUUUCGAUAUUCCUUGUCCAGAAAUUGUGUUGUCUGCUCUUGCACAAUCUCCAAUCUGAACCAUUUUCAUAUCUAUGGCUUCUCCCUGAGAAGCAGUAUUUUUAACAUAAACAGAAUUCAAGCAUUGGUGCCAGAAGAGACGACACCAUGAAUCACAUCAUCACCUCCAACAUUCCAGGUUACGAACUAACUGAAGUGAUUCAUGCCAUCGAGACAAGUCAUAGCUGCGAUAUCUGUGGUAAAGGUUUCUCACGGUUUGACAACCUGGAGAGGCAUAAACUCACCCAUCAGGCUGUCAAACCAUUUGGUUGUGAUGUUUGCGGAAAAUCGUUCUCUCAUAAAUCACACCUGAAACAGCACCAGACCAUACACACUGGCGAGAAACCUUUCAAGUGCAACAUUUGUGGUUUCUGUUUCUCAAGAAAUGGUAAUCUGACUCGUCACAUGAAAACCCAUGGGCAGGGGACCAUGCCUUCGAUGGCCCCCCAGUAUGAGAAUCCCAACCCAAACACUGCAAGAUCUUUUGCUGUUGACAAACCAUAUAAAUGUAAUAUUUGCGGCUGUGCUUUCGGAAGAAAUGGAGAUCUAACUCGCCAUUUUAAGACACACGAAGAAUCUCUAUUCCAGAACCAGAGCACUACCUAUCAGAAGCCACAGCCGCCACCACCACCACCACCGCCUCCACCGCCGCCGCCGCCUCAACCCCAACCACAGGUGCCUGCUAACUACCAAGACGAUAAUCCAUUCAACUGUAAAGCCUGCUGGAAAGCCUUCACAGAAAGGUCCGAUGCAGAUAUGCAUGAGCGAAUUCAUGCUGCCUUGCUUCCCUACAAGUGUGACGUUUGUGGGAAGGCGUUCUCAGAGAACAGCUAUCUAGAGAGACACAAAAAGGCCCACACCAACGAGAAGAUAUUCUGCUGUGAUAUGUGUACCAAGUCGUUCUCCCAGAAAUACCACCUCACUGUCCACAAACGGACGCACACGGGCGAGAGACCCUUCAAAUGUAACAUUUGCGGCUUUGCCUUUUCUCGUAAAGACCAUCUGGAGCGACACCAGCGAACCAAUAAACUUGGCGACCGUAAACUGAGUUGUGUCCCACAGAACACUGCUGCAGCAACUUCAGAAACUUACCAAGCGACCCUCAGUGUAUCUCAAGCACAUCAUACCACGGAUAUACCACAGCACGAAGGGGUGACGCACUAUAUGAACAUAUAAGGGAGACAACUCUUUGUCUUGAAUGUGAUUUAACUCUCUAAUGUUCUCGUUCUCUCUCUUUCUCUCUCUUUCCCUCUCUCCACUCUAAAUAGUGAAGCCUCCACCGGGCAUUUAAGACAGAGAAACAGGCACGGCAGUUGUUCUUUAGCAUUGACUCUUGUGUGGUACCGUGCAGUACCUCAUCAGUGUUUACAGAGAGAAUUACUAAACUGACAGAAAAAGGUGCAUGGAUGUUUGCAGUUAAUAAGUACCUUGGAAUGUGAUAAACAGUAUUUCUUCAAAGUACAUUCGUUUCAUUGCUAGGACUGAUAAUAAUAAUAAUAAUAAUAAUGUCUUUUAAUGACAUCUUUCUAUGAGAUACAUCUGGAAACAAUGGAAUUUGUGUAAAGCAAGAUGUGUUUGGGAUACCACAACGGUUGCUAUGCAGAGAAAGGAGCAAGCAGAGUGAACAUUAAGUGGUGACCGUGUGUGUGUGUGUGUGUGUGAUAUUGGUAGCUGUGCUUGCCAAGCUACAUCAGAACGACAUUGAUAUUUUUAAAACCAGAAAGGUCACUUAACACAUAAGAAAGUCUACAUUCUUUUAUAUAUUUAUACACACAUACAUACAUAUAUGUAAAUAUAGUUUACUGUUCCAUUACAGGUAGGAUCAACAAAAGAAGGAUUCCAUCCAGUGAGAAAUGAAUAUCAUUUAACAUAGACAGAAUUUUAAAAAGAGAUACCAAUAGUUUCGUACCGUACAGAUACAAUAAUCUGGGAAAUUAUUGUAGCUCAACAGCAUGAAACUGUUAGUAGCUCUUUUAAAAUUUUGUGUAUAUUAAAUGAUGUAUGUAUAGAUAGAUAUGUGUGUGUGUAAAGGAAGUACAACUGUUUAUAAUAGUUGUACAUGUGAGAAGCAGGGUUCAUUUCUAUAUGAUACUGCUGCAGAAGGAAGACAAAAAGAAAACAAAAUGGAUAUACUUGUAUGUGACAUUGUUUCGGACAAGGAAAAGAGAUUUUCACAUCUCUGACAUUGGUGCCUGUAUCAAUGAAAAACAAAAAAAGGUACAUUUCAAUUGUAAAACUAAAGAGAAAAAAACUGGCAACUUACGGGUUUUUUCCCCCUCUCCUCUUUCAUUUGAAUAUAUCCCUGGAAAUGAUGUUCCCUGUGUAAGGAGUGAUCAAUGUUUGUGUCCAGUUUCAGUCAAUAUGUCCUUGUUUAUGGAUCAACAUGUCUUCACUGGAAAUUUAUAAUAAUGUGUCAUUAACCAUCACUCUCACCCCAACUUUUUCAUUUAUUGAACAAAAUUACAAUCUACAAGAAUUUGGCACUGUUUGGGUUUUGUGUGAACUCGCAAUCAUGGUUUCAAUCUGCACUGAAACUAAUUACCACCAAUGCUCUCCACAACUUCACCAAAACGUUCCCUUGCCCUUAAACAUUGUAAGGGUCCAUGUCUAUCUUACAUAUUAUGUUUUUUUUUAAUUUAUUUAUUAUGUUGUGUGGAGUGUCUCAUAUAUAUCAGGCACGUGCCAUCAGUAAUUACUCAGGGUAGGCAGUUGGUGACCUUUAUGUAGUAAAACACAAAAAAUAAGAGAAACAGACAUGUGUCUGAGUUGAAGGCAAAUUUAAUUCUGCCUUUAUAGCAUGCAAAGAAAACGGUGUUGUAGGAGUGUAUGCAGCGUGUGUACUACAGCAGUACUAUGCGUAGCUUAAAUACCGAGAUUGAAAAGCAAGGGCGAAUUAUGCCUACCUAAUCUACAAAAAAAUAAAAUAUUUUGCAUUUUAUGCAGAGUAAUCAGAGUAACCUUCAUAAUUUUAUUGAAUUAGGUGCAUAUUUUGCCAUAAAAGGAAAAUGUUGCUAUCGUUCUAUUUUAUUCAAGGUAGGCACUGCCAACCUUGGUGGUAUGUCCCUGAUUUAUAUAUAUAUAUAUAUAUGAUAUUUUUCCCCCUCUUCUCCCAGCUCAUAAUCACUGUUGUUUGCUUCAUUUCAAGAGGGUUACAACACCUGCCCAACUCUCACUCUCUAUCUGUCUAUGUAUCUAACCAUCAUUAAAAAAAACUAAGAA